AUGAAGGAAGGUGAGAUACCAAGUACAAGUACAUCCACAGCUGAGGGGGAGAAUUCUAAUGCAAAUGGCAACAAGGUUGGUCAAAGUAAUCAGGUGGAGACUAGGCUGAAUAAUGCAGAUACUACUCAAGUUUCCACACAAGGAGAAAGGCAAUAUGAAGAUGGAGAACAUGGUAAUACUGAUGGAGACUCUAGUAAAAAGGACAGUGUGGAAGAAUCAUAUCAUGGUGGCACCAGUACAGCAGAAAAGGAAUUGAAUACACGAGAAAAGCAACAAGAAGAUGGAGAACAAGGUAAAACUGAUGGAGAUUCUAGUAAAAAGGACAGUGUGGAAGAAGGCACCAAUACAGUAAAAAAGGGAACAAGUUUGAGGCAAGUAGAGAGUCCAGACAAAGAGGAGGUGCAAAAACAAAAUGUUCAUCCAAAUCAUGAUGAACAUGUGGAUAUUGAUGAUAUAGGAUUAGAUGGAGUAAAAGAGGCUACAGAGGGUUCUCCCUUAGUGAUAAUUCAUAAUCCUGAGCAAAGAGAAGGAAAAAUGCAGGAAAAUGUGCAAUCAAUAGAGCCAACAGUAGUGGAUGCCACAAGUGACAAGAUGAAGGAGCAGGUGUAUGUGGAGCAAGAUGCAGAUCCACCAUAUCAUUCUUCCUCAGAAAAGGAAAUGGUGAUUUCACAUACUGAGCAUCAACAGGUGACAUUUUGUAGAAAGUCUUCCCUAGUCAAAGAACUAUAUGACCUGAUCUCUCAUAAUAUAGAUGGCUUGGAAGUACAAGAGGAUGUCAGAGAUCUCCAUAAAGAAGACAAGGAGAAUAAUAUUAAGAAAAAUAAGGAAAACAUUCUUAAGCAGGCUGAUAUAUCUCCUAAUAGCAAGUCUAACAAUAAAGGUCAGAAGAAAGGCAAGAAGAAUGCUAUUGACAAGAAAAUUCCACUCAGCGUGGUACCAAAGAGGAAUUAUACUAAAUCUAAUGUUAAAUGA